AUGGCCCGGGGAUCCUCAGGGCGCAGUCCAAACCAUAUCGUCUCGGUCUUGAACUCGCCUUCCAUUUCCUCCUCUUCUUCACCGGAACCUCAACUUGCUUCCAACAUGGGCCGGAAGAACAUGCGCCAGAACUCCCAGGAUGCCACUAUGCCCGUCACCUAUACACCAACCACCCAUCGCAUCAGCAAGGCCAAGAAGGGAAAGCGCGUACACGCCUGCCAAUUCCCAGGAUGUGAAAAGGUCUUCACCAGGGCUGAGCACCGAAGACGCCAUGAGUUGAACCACAACCCCGAGGCAUCAUACCGCUGCGCAACACAAGGAUGCAAGAAGGCAUUCCACCGCGCCGAUCUACUUGCGCGCCACAUGGAGAGACACGAACUCGAAUCGCAACCCGAGCAGUGGGAAUCCAACACCCAAAAGCCUAUCGUAACCGAGUCCGUUGUCCCGCGCUGUAUGUCAAUGGACCACGGAAUGCCAUUGACCGCAACCUCCCAUUCACACUCCAUGUCCAUCGGCUCACUCGUGGGACCUGGGAUUCACCCAGACCUGGCCAACGACGGCUCAUUAAUGUGGAGCGGCAUGGACUUGCCCCUACAGCCCCGCCCGGCCUUCCAUAGCCAACUCCCCGAGUCCGUCGACGAUAGCUUCUACUCUUCCCCGGCGGAGACUUGCCCCUCGCCUUUGUCGGAUGCGACUUUCUCUCUUCCUCCCCACUCUAGCUCCUCUAUCUCUUCCGCGUCCGUGUCCGUCAUCGAUCAAUACCCGAAGAAUAUCCUCAAGGGCGAUGUCACUUCGUCCCCGCUUCAGAUACACACUACUCUCCGCUGGGAUACUGAUGCGGGCAUGCCUCCGUCGCAUCUAGUUCCCAUGUCCAUGGGAGAAAAUAUGAUCCAGCCACCCGUUCAGUGCCACUACCCCUCUCCUUCAUGGUCUAGCGCAGACUGCCUUCCUUACGAGGACCAUGUCCACCCCAUGCACAACUUCCAGCCCGUGACCUGGGGUAUGUGA